ACAAGUUAUCGAAGCGCGGUGAUCCAUCGUCUCUAUCUCAGUUAACAAGUUUAAAGGACAUUGCUCUGAACACAAAGUUUUUUAUUAACUCUCCAUUCGUCACCUGUUCAAGAUCAACCGGGUUGAGUCAGUGAUUCUCUGCUCGUUCUUAUAUACCUGGAAAUAAUAAUCGUUUAGUUAGUAAUAUAAUUGUUGAAUCAUUAGUUCACGAGAAAAGAAUACUGGCGGGGAUUAAUAUACAAGUAUUGUUUAUUUACAUUAAUUUUACGAUUACUAUCGCUUGGAAAUGGAAAAUAUAAUGAAGAUUCUAAUGAAUUAUGACCUGACAAUAUUUUCCUCCUCUGCUGCUACAGAAUAUAUAAAUUUGCAGAGGCUGAAUCCUUUUCAUAUACUUAACUAUUCUUCUUUCAUUCUGAUCUUGCCAGAGAAAGCGCUCCAAGAUGGCCGCUCUUAUUGAAACUAUUUUACUUUUACUUACCUUGACAAUUGCAACUGAAGCCAGCAUCGAAGCAUUUGGUCUUCCGAAGAGGUUUAUGGCGUCUAACCAAGGCAUCGAGAGAAUUCGACUCGGAACUUUUCUAAAAAUAAAAGAUCUCAACAGUACUCGGGAUGAACCAAUCACCGACAGUCCAUUAAUACGUCUUGCAAUUCGGCCUUCGAAUAAGGCCAAGGAAGAUGAAGAUGAAGACCUAGAAAAUUCACCUGCAGACUCGCCAAUGACUCGCAUAAGAAGACAACGUCAAGUUGACUCAGAUGACCUGGAGACAGCAGAGUCCAUAGUUUUCCGACCACUUUUUGUCUACCGGCAACAAGUCGCUGAAAGAAAUCGCGCUCAAAGAAGCAAAAACCCAAUUUAUGGAUCUUAUCAAUAUGGACCGACAAAAUCUCCUGGUCAUUAAUAAGUUUUAAGAUUCAGAAAGUUUAUUUUUAAGUUAAUCAAGUGAUUAGAUUCACUAUUGCCUGGAUCAUGACAAUAACACGACUGGUAAAUAACAGAAGACUAUCGCUCUCUUUUUUUUUGGUUUAAUAACUUUUAUUAUAUUUGUUUGUUUUUAUUUUGAGUUAGUUAAAUUAAAUUAUAUUGGGAUUUAUUAGCUUUUAAAAUGUCAGUAGAAGUAACUUUUAAUAAUAAUUGCAAAGCAUUUUAUAGAGAAGAAAUAUGUAAAAUACUCGAAAAAGAUUUUUUUGAUGAUCAAAUUUUACCGAAAUUUAAUAUUACGGCAGAAUCGGAAGAAUCUAUAAAUGACAGGUACUUUUAUUUAUUUAAUAAUAAAUAAUUAGCAUUUGAAAAUUAAAAUCAUUAAUUAUGAGAUUAUUAGUUUAGAAAUAUUGUAAUUUAAUUGAUAAAUAAUUAUUAUAAUAAAAGAUAAUUAUUCAUCCGAAGUUAGAAGUUAAUUGUAUUUAAUUUUUUAUUUUCAUUUCUUCUUUUUUAGACCAAUACUUUAUUUUAAUAUUUUGAUUUAAAUUUAUUAAUAUUUUUCUUUAUUCAUCUUGUUGAAAAAAAAAAAAAUUAAAAAGAACAAAAAAUUUUGUUAUUGUAAAUAUUUUUAAAUUAGUUUUUUUAAUCAGGGUCAUCACAAAAAUAGAUUUAGUUGUGUGUAAGUAUAUAGUGUUACUAACUAUCAGAAGUAUAGAUAAAACUCCAUGGUUAUUAACUUGUGUAUGAACAAUUAAGUAUCAUGAGCGCAGCGCAGUUCUUUUCUUUAAUUGCUGUCAUAAAAAAAUAGUUAAUAAAAUCUUAAAUAAUUUUUUUUA